AUUUCACUCCAGACAUACUUCUAGCUUGAGAUCUUUCUUAGCCUAAUUUCCUCUCAUCUAUUUGAUACCACGAUUUGCGACUGAGAAGUCCGUUUUCGCGAUUCGAAUCGCGAUCUUCACCAAAAGCUGUUCGUCUGUCGAAUUAGGAGCUUAAUUGAAACCUAGGAGCUAUUUUCACCGCCAAGCUCUCGUUGAAGAUGUCAACCUCACCGAAAACGGCUCCAGUGUCACACAAGAGAACCAGCAGUGCUGCAGGCAACACCGCGGAAGAACCUCAAAUUAAGCGCCAAGCUUCAGAUACGGCAAAUCCAGCAUUCACUCUAAAGCCCAGGGUGGCUGAUCAGGACCCUCACUAUGUCUACGUCGUCAUGGUAGACUCAAAUCCGCAAUAUACGGAACCGAUUUCAGACAUUCACGCCAUCUAUGCCACUAUCAAAGAUGCCAACAACGCUGUGAAGGGCAUUGUUAAUAAUGAGUAUAAUGAAGCUGAAGAGACGAAGCAAGGAUGCGAAGAUGAUGGCCGUAUUUACUGGUCAUCUGAUGAUGCUGGAGAGGGCGAGCGAGUAGAGGUGUAUAUUCGAGUCCUGGAAGUGAAGCCCCCUGGAUGCGAGCCGGAAAGGGAGUGGGAGAAUGGUGGAGCGGAUGAUUUGGGAUCUGGAGAGGAUUAUGGUGAGGAGAGGGACUCCGAGGAGGACGAGGGAGCGGAAUGAGACGAGAAAAGUCCCGUGCUGUAAGAUAGAAAGACCAGAUACAGGCAGGCAUCAUAUUUCUUGUCUCUUUGGGAUAAAAG